AUGCAGACCGCCGUGGUGGUGGUGGUGGCGCUGCUGCUCCCCCUCUCCGCCUUGCUGCGCUUAGGCUGCUUAGCCACGGCCACCGCCGACGCCGACGCCAACCGGACCAGCAGCGGCAACGACACGAUCUGCGCGCCGGCGAGAUGCGGUGGCCUGAACAUCACGUACCCGUUCUCGCUCGCCGGCGUGCAUCCGCUGGAGUGCGACUACCCGGGCUUCGAUCUGACAUGCGACGCUGCUGCUGGCAGGGCCUACCUCAGCAGGACGUUCAGUGUGAACCUGUACCGCGUGCUCAGCAUAUCCUACGACAACCGCUCCAUGCUCGUGGCAGUGGAGACCGCCUUCUCCGGUGACGGGGCGUGUAGAAUCCCGGACUUCAACGUGUCCUCUGGCCUCACCUCUUCCCGGUCAACACCAGCGCCACCAACUGGGAGCUCACGUUCGUCUACAACUGCAAGAUUCCUCACAACGAGCUGCUGA